AUGUCGAAGUCACAUGGACCCUCCUCGACUACCAAGGAUAAACUCCGACAUGUGCGAUACAGGGAACAUAUUGGGGGUAAAUUACCUGUACCUGGGAAGAUUGAACUCCAGGUGAUUGGAAGCGGUGGUCGAGGAACACCUCGAUCUGUUAUUCUUGCAACAGACCAUGUCCGUUAUCUUUUCAAUUGCGGAGAAGGAACGCAGAGAAUUGCUAGCGAACAUAAAAUCAAACUCUCUCGGUUAGAAAACAUCUUUAUCACUCAUAAUAGUUGGGAUAAUAUUGGCGGACUUUUGGGUUUGGCACUUACUGUCGAAGGGAUCAAUGUUCCAAAGAUCACAAUCCAUGGACCUGCCAUGGUGGAACAGACUAUCCGAAUGGCAAAAACAUUUGCUGAAUCAUCAAAUAUUCAGAUUGAAAAACGAGAAGUUGAAUUGGGUGCCUACGAAGAUAAUGCCUUCAGAAUUGAAUACGUUCCCAUUCAUCGUAGCAAAUCAAGUUUGGAUAACAAUUCUACUACAGCAUUGUCAACCGAUUCUUUAAAGUCCAUCACUGUGAAUAAUAAAGAGAGUAUUACAGAUGACGAGGUCCCAGCUAAGAAAAUGCGCCUUUCACAAGAAGAACUAUGUUCAGCUGUUGCAUAUAUCUGCAAGCCACAUGCAGGUAAACGUCGACUGAUCCUUGAAAAAUGUGUGGAUCUUAAUGUGCCAGUUGGCCCACUUUUAGGAAUUUUAAAGAAUGAAGAAUCUAUUACAUUACAAGAUGGGACUGUGGUAAUGCCUGACCAAGUUCUCAGUCCAGCAGAAAAACCAUAUCCUAUUAUUAUUCUCGAGUGUCCCAGCGUGGAAUAUCUUGAUUCUCUAAUGAGCAAUAAACAUUUGAAUUCACUGCAAAUGAAGGACAAAGAAGAAGAGCAACAUAAUUUACCUGCUGAACUUGUCGUUCACAUGUCACCAGUCGAGGUUCUAGACCAUCCUAAAUAUCAAAAUUGGAUUAAAAGAUUCCCUUCUGAAACUCGGCAUCUUAUCUUAAACGAAAGCACCAGUGGCAUUGCCAACCUGGGUCUGUUCAAAAUUCAAACAAUGUUGAACCUCCUAAGUCCAUCUAUUUUUCCACUGCUUCAUCAUCAAAAGUUAAGCCUGCAAAAGAACAGUCUUAAUUCCACAGAAAAUGGACAAGUAGAUGAAACAAAUAAUCAGCUGCAGUUGGCAUGCACAAACCUUAAGUACCAUUUACGACCACGGAAAGGUUACAACAGAGACCAGUGUAUAUAUAUGGACAAUGCAAGUUAUGUCAGUGAAGCAUGGGCAAUACCAGAAUUUGAGAAACAGCUUCUGCAUUUCCAUACCAAAGUCAAUGAGCUCACAAAAGGACAGGACCAAAAUCUUGUGAAAUAUCCACGUAUUUUAUUCCUAGGAACAGGGUCUUCCGUACCAAGUAAGAGAAGAAAUGUCAGUGGGAUUCUGCUGCAAACUGAACCUGACAGUUGUAUUUUGCUUGAUUGUGGAGAAGGUACAGCUGGUCAGUUAUACCGUCAUUAUGGAGAUGAAGUCACCGAUAAUAUUUUAUGUAACUUGAAAGCCAUCUUUAUCUCCCACAUGCAUGCUGAUCAUCAUCUGGGUCUGUUUGGAUUAUUGCGGGACCGAGCAAAAGCAAUGGAAAAAAAUGGAGAAACUCCAAGCCCAGUUCUUCUUCUCUCACCAAUUCAGAUUAACCGAUGGCUUCAUUUUUAUGCUAAGAAUAUUGAAGACAUUCAACACUUGAUUCAGCUUGUUCCACUUGGUAAGAUUUUACCGCAUCAAAGAGAGAAACAAGCUGAGCUCUAUUCCAGCAUUCUCCAGCAACUUAACUUAGUUGAAUUUGUUCCAGUAGAAGUUGAUCAUUGUAAAAACGCAUUUGGUGUGUCACUGUCUCACUCCUCAAACUGGAAAAUAGUCUAUUCCGGAGAUACUAUGCCUUGUGAAAGAUUGGUCAAUGCUGGUAAAAACUGUGACCUUUUGAUUCAUGAAGCAACAAUGGAGGAUGAUCUUGAAGAAGAAGCCAAGAUUAAGACUCACAGCACAACUUCGCAGGCCAUCAACAUUGGAAUGAAAAUGAAUGCCAAGUUUAUUCUUCUCAACCAUUUCACUCUUCUUUCUUUUCUUUUUUCCUUUUUCUUUCUCUCUUUCCCUUUUUCUCUCUUUCCCUUUUUCUCUCUUUCCCUUUUUCUCUCUUUCCCUUUUUCUCUCUUUCCCUUUUUCUCUCUUUCCCUUUUUCUCUAUCUCUCUCUUUCCUUUUCUCUCUCUUUCCUUUUCUCUCUCUUUCCUUUUCUCUCUCUUUCCUUUUCUCUCUCUUUCCUUUUCUCUCUCUUUCCUUUUCUCUCUCUUUCCUUUUCUCUCUCUCUCCUUUUCUCUCUCUUUCCUUUUCUCUCUCUCUCCUUUUCUUUCUCUCUCUCUCUCUCUCUCCUUUUCUUUCUCUCUCUCUCUCUCUCCCCUUUUCUUUCUCUCUCUCUCUCUCUCUCUCCUUUUCUUUAUCAUUCUCCUGGUUCCACAUCCCAAAAUAAGACCUUGUAUCAUUUAUCACUUAAAUCACUGGCUGCCUUAAACCCUCUUUAG